AUGAAGCCUGAUAUCAAGAUUCCCCCGUUCGAGGCCACGUCAAUUGAUGAUAUCGCCAAGAUUGCCGCCACGGCCCGUGAGUCGUUUCGAUCCCAAAAGACCAAGGAUGUCGAAUGGCGUCUUGUUCAGCUUCGAAAGCUCUACUGGGGCGUGACGGAUUACAGUGAGAAGUUCCAGGCUUCCUUGCAAAAGGACUUUCGCAAGCCAAAUGGUGAGGCGGUUUUGACCGAGAUCCACCAUGUGAUUCAGGACCUCGAUGUGAUUAUUAAGAACCUGAAGCGCUGGGCGAAGGAUGAGAAGAGCAUGGAGUAUUCAUGGACUUUCAUGCCCAUGAAACCUCGUGUCAAAAAGGAGCCUCUAGGAGCCGUAUUGAUUAUUGGCACUUACAACUUUCCUAUGAUGCUCAAUAUCGCCCCUUUUAUGGGCGCAAUUGCUGCGGGCUGCACCGCCAUCAUGAAGCCUUCCGAGAAUGCGCCUGCCACUGCCAUGGUCCUAAAGGAGAUGGUCGAGAAGUACCUUGACCCGUCAUGUUUCUUCGUCGUCAACGGAGCCAUCCCAGAGACCACGGCCCUACUCGAGGAGAAGUGGGACAAGAUUCUUUACACCGGAGGAAACACUGUGGCCAAGAUCAUCGCCAAAAAGGCCGCUGAGACACUCACACCCAUCACCCUCGAGCUCGGUGGCCGGAAUCCUGCCUUCGUCUCCAAAUCCAGCGAUCUAGCUUUGGCCGCUAGACGUCUUCUAUGGGGCAAGACCAACAACGCCGGCCAAAUUUGCUUAUCGCAGAACUACGUGCUCGUCCACAAAGACAUUGUCCAGGACUUCAUCAAGCAACUGCUCGUACAACAAAAAGUGUUUUAUCCUGAUGGCCCUAAGGCGAGCCAGGAUUAUGCUCGUAUCAUCAACGAGAACCAGUUCGACCGCAUUAAAAACUUGAUAGACACGACCAACGGCAAGAUUGUCAUGGGUGGGGAGACGGAUAGAUCCGACCUAUACAUUGCGCCAACCGUCAUACUGGUGGACUCUAUCGAGGAUCCCGUGAUGCAGAACGAAACCUUUGGCCCGGUCUGGUCGAUCAUGCCCUACGACACCGUCGACGAGGCCAUCCAGAUCAUGAACAUGGUCGAUUCGACGCCCCUGUCCCUCAUGGUACUCGGAUCCAAAGCCGAGAAUGAGAAAAUCAUCAACAACGUAACCUCGGGCGGCGCCAGCAUCAACGACGCCUGGAUGCACGCCGGCAUUCCAACUAUACCCUUUGGCGGCGUCGGCCAGUCAGGCAUGGGCUCGUACCACGGCCGCUCAUCCUUCGACUGCUUCACACACCACCGCUCCAUUGUCGAGGUCCCCGGCUGGGCCGACAACCUGCUGCGCGUGCGCUACCCGCCCUUCUCCGCGCCCGACUUCAAGCGCCAUAUGUGGAUGACGGCGCCGCGCCCCAGCUUCGACCGCGACGGCCGCCCCAUCUCCGGCCUCCGCUACUGGCUCUGGCUCGUCACCGGCCUCGGCGGCCCCGCCUCCGCCUCCUCCGCCAAAGGUGCGUUGUUGCUCCGCUGCUGCCUCGUUGUCCUCGCCUCCUCGUACGCCGCGUAUUCCCGGUACCGCAGGUCGUGA